GAGGUCAGAACUGCGCCAGGACCUGCACUGAUCUAUCGUACUAUUGGAGGCAAUCUCGAUAUGUAUUUCUUCCCAGGUCCUACUCCAGAUGAAGUUACGCAACAAUAUCUUGCAUUAGUCGGAAGGCCUUUCCUGCCAGCUUACUGGGGGCUGGGCUUCCAGAUAUCACGUUAUGGCUAUAAGGAUCUGGAUGAGCUGAUAAAUGUAACCGAAAGAAAUGUGGCAGCAGGCAUUCCUCUAGAUACAACAGUGGCAGACAUAGAUUACAUGGACAGGUACAAAGACUUUACUACUGGAGAGGUACGUUUUCCAGUCAGUGUAUCUUUUUCAGAGGUUUUUGAUCGAUUAGACAGAUUUCUACGCUAUUUACAAAAUUCUGUAAUAUUACAAAUAUUUUGCUGAAU